CCCCAGGUAACAUUUCGUACGAGGAUCUAUCACUGCAACAUCAACAGUCAGGGGUGUGAUCUGUCUGGACAUCCUGAGGACAACUGGAGUCCUGCCCUCACCAUCUCCAAGGUGCUGCUGUCCAUCUGCUCCCUGCUCACAGACUGUAACCCAGCCGAUCCCUUGGUGGGAAGCAUCGCCACCCAGUACACGACUAACAGAGCAGAGCAUGACCGAACGGCCAAACAGUGGACGAAGCGAUACGCCACAUAAACCCACCGAGGGAGGAAGAGGAGGAGGAAG